AUGUCCUUCCAGCUCACGCUGUUCACCGUGCUCCUCAUAUUUAUCGCUAUUGUUCUUGGUAAGGGCUGAUUAAGGAAUAAUUAAUUAAUUAUGAUUUUCAGGACAACAUGUUGGCUCCCAACCAGACUCGGCUGAAAACGAAGCUCUGCUUGCUGCAGAUGCUGACGAAUUCAACUCGUUGAUGGAGUACCUUCAAGUGAGUUUUUGAGAUAAUGUCUAACAUGAGUAAUAUUUUUUUUGAAGAAAACCAAUCCGAACGCGGUGAGAAGUAUGCAAAAACGUUGGGCAAACCAAGUGAGAUUUGGAAAGCGCGCAAGUUGGGCCAGCUCGGUGCGAUUCGGAUGA